AUGGGAGAAAUCGGAGAAUCAUCCGAUCGACCAUUCGAGGAGGCAUACAAGAAACUUUUUAACGACCUUAACGCGCAGAGAUUAAGCGAAGGGGACGAGGUUAUGGCGAGGGUAGCACAAGGGAGGCCUCCAGUGAUUGAUCUGAACAAGCUGAACCGCGGAGAAACGGCAAGAGAGGAGUGCAAGGAGAAGCUCGCCAGAGCUGCUAAAGAGUGGGGUGUCUUCUACGUCGUGAACCACGAAAUUCCAUGGGAAAUAUGGGUGACUCUCAGGAAAGAACAAGAGAAGCUGUUCGAGAAGCUGACCGAGAAGAAGGAGGCUAUAGCGAAGGCGAAGAUGAACAAGGAGUUAAUCUCCUCAGAGGGGAGUUCCCGGAGUGGAUCACCGCCGUUUGCUACGCUCAUCGAAGAUUUCCUUUGGGUGGAAUCUUUUCACUUCCAGCUCAGCGAUAUCUACCGCAACGGCGACUCAUCGUCAGCGGCCUCAGUGCCGCCCGACGGCCACAACCUCGGGUCAAUAAUGCGACGGGUGGCGAUGCCGUUGUACGAGCUAGCGCAAAAGUUGGCUGGAAUCUUGGCGGAGAAGGUGGGCAAGAGCCCGACAUACUUCCAAGAAACAUGUUUGCCGGGCCAAUCUUACAUUCGACUGAAACGAUAUCCUCGACUCCGCUCCAAGUUCUUCAACGACCGUCCCCCUUGCUCUGACUUCAUGACUCAUAAGGACUACGACUUCCUCACCAUUCUGCACCAGGAUGACGUGCCUGGAUUGCAGAUUGUCAGCGGUCCAAUAUGGCUGGCCAUUAAUCCCUACCCAGGUGCACUCAUUGUCAACACUGGUGAAUUGUUCAAGGCAUGGAGCAAUGACGUUUAUAAGAGCGUUUUGCAUCGGACUGUUACUAAUCCUAACAUGGAGAGAUUCCCGACGGUUUUUUUCUUUUGUCCAUCGGAUGAUUCAGUGAUUAACCCUGAGCCUUCUAUACCCAGGAGAUUUAGACACUAUAAGAAGAACGCCGAAGACUUUGUAAGACAGCAUCUUAAUGAUGUGGGCCUUGCUAGGCUUUAUGUUGUGACUGAUCAUGAUUUUCAAAUUGAACACUCAAAUCGCACUACUAAACCAUAUUCCAUAUGGUAUUCUGGUCCAUGA